AUGUUGAGUUAUGCCCAUGAUAUCGAAAUGAAGAGGAACGUCGAUGGAUUGCAAGUGAAACUUAAAUGUUGUGGAAAUCACAAUUAUAAUGAUUGGUUUAUGAUUCCAUGGAUCAAGACAUAUAUUGGAGGUUUGAAAUACAACAAAGAAAAGAAAAUGGUUUCCGAUGAAGUACCCUUUAGCUGUUGCUCUCCAGGAGGCGCAAAAGGUCCAUGUAUUCACCAUGGUGUUUUAACAAAAAGCCCAAUAUACAAGUAUGAUGCUCCCGAUCGCCAACACUAUUUGAACCAGGAAGGAUGCACAGAAGUUUUAACCAGGAGAAUCAGAUCAUCAUUUGCAAGAACAAAUACAAUCUGCUUUUUAAUGGCGUUUUUACUGUUUAUUUUAUGUAUUUGCGAGAGGUUUGUCCAGACAGCACACAGUGUGAAAAAAAAUCUUUUCACAGACCAAGAAAACGCCAAGAACGUAGUAUGUUGGAUUAUUGGCAAAAAGAUCCUCAAACCAUAUAAAACACAACAUGAAUUGUACGAUUCACCGUAA